CCAAUUUUGUUUUGGACUUCCAUUAAUGAACAGAAUGGCGGCAUGAUGACUUUACAGCUGGAUUUUGAAAGGGUCGUUGACAUUUUUGGACAAGGCUGCACUUUGGCACCGGUCCUUCUCCGAGUCUGUAUUAAAAUUAGCGUGUCGUUGGGCCACACCCGAAACUUUAGUGGCCUUUUGAAUCAGUCGAUUCUGGAUUUUGAUUUAUUAGACUUGGAUGUGGAGACGUUAGCAAACGUGCGUCCCUCCCCUUCCUCCCCCCUUUAGCGAGCAGCUGAGGCCGUCGUUUUAGUCUCGCAGCCGACGAUGCCCGUCUUCCUCUUUCAGUGUUUCAAAUACCACGUCGUCGUCGUCUCUUCUCUCUUUGAGGGAAAUGAAGCCAGCUACCCCCUGGAAAUGUGCACGCAUUUUGAUCCAGACGAAAUCAAGCGUCUGGGAAAGCGUUUCAAGAAACUGGACCUGGACAACUCGGGCUCGCUCAGCGUGGAGGAGUUCAUGUCGCUGCCAGAGUUGCAGCAGAACCCGCUCGUGCAGAGGGUCAUCGACAUAUUCGACACUGACGGCAACGGAGAAGUCGACUUCAAAGAGUUCAUCGAGGGAGUGUCGCAGUUUAGUGUCAAAGGUGACAAGGAGCAGAAGCUUCGUUUCGCCUUCCGGAUCUACGACAUGGACAAGGACGGCUUCAUCUCCAACGGCGAACUGUUCCAGGUGCUCAAGAUGAUGGUGGGCAACAACCUGAAGGACACGCAGCUGCAGCAGAUCGUGGACAAAACUAUCAUCAACGCGGACAAGGACGGCGACGGCAGGAUAUCCUUCGAGGAGUUCUGCGCGGUGGUGGGCGGUCUGGACAUACACAAAAAGAUGGUGGUGGACGUCUGAGCGAGAAACCCGCACCCCGACCCCGACCCCCUCCGGCUCGCUCUCCCGAGUUCUCCUCGACGCUCGCUUCCUCCGCCAUCUCCGAUGAGACGUCCGGCGACGAGAAGAAACACCGACUCGGCGGAACGUCGGCGGAACGUUCACGUCGCCCUUUUCCGACGCCGCCGAGAGCCUCGUUCAAGUGUUAAGUGAAGGCCGAGGGCUUCUUAUACGGCUCUCGCCCCCCCCCCCCC